AUGCCGCGAGUCUUACUCAGCACUCGACAGUCGCAUCAAGGCAUCUCAAGACUCAUCUGGAACCCGCGGCUACAUCUCAGAGGCGUUUUUCAGCAUGAUGGAUCCCGUGUGGCCCUCGCGCUCGUCAGGCGAGCCACGUCGGUCGCGUUCACAUCCCCGGCUUACUCGCAAUCCCCGGCCUCGGCAAAAAAGGCAAACAAGGCUGCGCAGGUGAUAGCUGUGGAGGACCACGCGGGCGUGCCUGCGGACGAGGUCACCUCAUUUUCCAAGGAACUUAAGGAGGGCAUCGCCGAGACGAUUUCCAGAAAGCGCGCGCAGUCCGCGACGAAGCCACCCACUGUUCUUCACUACCCAACUCUAGGUUCACCCCUCUACGGCAAAUGGCAAUCUUUGUCAGUGGACCACGAGCGACUGCUCAUCGAGUCCGACGUCAACGUCUCGGACAGUCGGCUUGUGAGACUGGUCGAUCAGCCCGGCAACGAGAACGACAUCGAGCUGUGGAGCUGCCUCCUGGAGUUCUGCCAGCGAUUGAUGGGUCGAGACGGCGUCGUAAUGAUAUGGCAGUCUCUUUCGAAGCGGCGAAACCUCUAUCAAGUGGACGGCCCCUUGGCCCAGGCAUUCUGGGGCACCAUCAUCAACGCAGCUGUGACCAACGACACCUUGCUGCGGGAGGUGGUUGCAUACGGAGAGUGGCUCCUUGAGAACCACGAAGCACACUGGCCCCAGCUGUACACAACGGUCAUGUCUCACAUGCUGUUGAACCGCCCCAAGGCCGAGACUCUACGUUGGCACAUGACUUUGAGUUCUUCGUUCGCGCCCACAGAGGUCGAGUUCGUGGGCUUGUUGAAGAGGUUCAUCAUGGAUCCCGCGCCCGAGAUGCAGGAGACGCUGCAGCUGCUCUAUUCGUGGAGCCCGCACCGCAAACUCUACGACAUCAUAAUACCGCACCUGUACGCAGAAGGCCAUGCUUACCUGGCCAGCCAGUGGCGACGACUCCUCGUUGACCAUGGGGAUAACCCGGCGAGCCUCGCCGCCCGGCCGUUCCUGCGGUAUGUGGGUGCAUACUACCCGCAAACAUGGUUGUCCGAGGAAGAGCUCUCUAUUGCUGGGCUUGUGCUCCAUGAUCGAGCAGGUUCUGAAGGAGGGACAGUCAGCGACGGCCUGCCAGUUGAGGCAGCUAUAAAUGGCCAGAACCUCAGCUACCUCGUCAAUCGGGUGCAUGGGGAGACGUUUGGCAUCCGCGAGAAGACCUACAAUGACAAGCUAGGGUCGAAAUGGUUUGCGAGCACUUGGGUUUCGCUCGACUUUGCCAUUAGCGUCGUCUACACGAUGGGCAUCACCAGGAUAGGGCCGUUAUCCUUGCAGUCCAUCGCACUGCGAGAGGGCAACGCGGAGGGUGUUCUCCAUCGAUUGGAUCAACUACGGCAGUAUAGGAUUCGGUUGCCUAACACUGACUACGUGUCUGCCAUCCGGUACUACGCCAGGAUCGGCGAUGAUGAAGCUCUUCAGGAGCUGCUCCACUGCGACAUCCACCCGGACAUCUUCGAAGACGAGCUGGCACAGCAAGAACUCCUCAACCAUUGCCUAAACGCAGGAGAAUGGGGAACCUACCAACUGAUCCUCAAAACCAAAUUCGCAGUGGCAUCGUAUUCGGUAGCUAUCUCAAGCGAUAAGGUCCUCCAUUCAUGUGCAAGCCAGGGUAACGGCCCCAUGGCUUUGGCACUCCUCCAGGGGCUGUGCUCGCGCAACCUCCACCCGGCGCCGAUGACAAGCCACCUGCUCUCAAGCUUCGUCAUACAGAACCUGUCGCCACACGCCGACGUGCAGUACCCGCGGCCGCACGUCGACCUCCAGGUCUCGCUGUGCCGAGAGCUGUCCAGGACCCGUUUCCCGCCGGCGGUCGAGGCCUGGCGGGUGCUGCUGUCCCGGCUCGGGCGGGACCAUAGGCUCGCCGAGCUCGAGCGGCUCUCCGCCGACAUAGUGAGGCUGUUCGUGGAGUAUACCAGGUCCGACACGCCCAUGUGGAUCUCCCACAUGGCGGACGUGCCGGAGCUCCUCCGCUCCGAGUCGCCCUACCCGCACUUCCAAAAGCUCCCGCGCGACCUCCCCCUGCACCUCGAGGGCCACCCGCUCCGCCAGAUCUUCGACCCCAAGCUCCAGGGCGCCAUCGUGAGGUGGGGCUUCACCAAUACCAGCUACACCCCCGCGGCCGAGGAGGCCGCGCACGCCCUCCUCCUGCAGGACGAGGAGGGCGGCGGCGGCGGCGGCGGCGGGUCCACGGAGCCGGCCGACUUCCACUUCGCCCGGGGGAUCCGGCUCCUCGCCAUGCUGCGCGACCAGGGGCUGCACGUGUACGACAAGCGGGUGCUGAAUCAGGCACUCCUCCGCCUCACGGACCUGUACCGCGGCGGCGGCGACGCACGGUAUGAGUGGAUCGGAGGGAGCGUGGACGAGAAGCGGAGGCGGCUGAGCAACCAGCUCAGCUUGGCACAGGCGAAGAGGCUCUGUGACCUGGCCUGGGGCAGGGAAUUGUUGCCCGACCUGCCCGAGCUCAUGUCUGUCAUGGAGGACGCGAUGAGGCGGGACAAGCUGAAAGAGAUUCAAGCACGAGUGGACGAAAUCAAACGGAGCUCGUGGUAG